GUACAGGCUACGCGUGUAUGGAGGUAUACAUGGUGCCGACAGGAAAGUAACAUCAUCAUCAUAACGGUAUGUGUGUGAAACAUCCUCUUUAGAGGGAAAACGAAACUGAAUAUCUAUGACACAUUCAUCACAAAUCAGAUACAAACAUUGAGACAGACCGAUGUAGCAGUGACUGCUGUUAACAUGCCUGUUUGUUUUGCCAUUGGGUUAGUAUGCAUAACCCUCUCAUCAACAGUUUCAGCUGCAGUAUGUAAGAAUAAACACUGCUCCGAUUGCGACAGCCAAACAGGACGCUGCCUCACAGGGUGUUACCCUGGAUAUUUUGACAAGACAUGUAGCUCAAAUUGCAGUUGGGGUUGCCACAAUCACACAUGUACACUCUCGGACAAAGGCAUUGAGAGAUGCACUGAGGGCUGUAUUACAGGGUAUCAAGGCACAAAGUGUAAAGUACCGUGUGACAGUCCCGCGGUAAGAUGUACGAAAUGUCCAGUCGAAUGUAAUGACGGAUUCUGUCAGACGGGUUCCUCCUGUGUGUCGGGAUGUGUGGACUCCUACUACGGUACUGACUGUAGGAACUGCAGCGAGACUUGCACAUCAUGCAACAGGUCAGUGGGAACGUGCGAGGUUUGUCAUGCAACACAUUUCGGUCCACAAUGCGAGCAUCGAUGUGAGCAUUGUUUAGGAACUUGUCGGACUGGAUGUAAAGCCGGCUGUGAACCAGGAUUUUAUGGCUAUCAGUGUGACAUGGCCUGCAGCAAACAGUGCAGGCCCAAUGCAUCUCAUGACUGUUUUCCGGUGGAUGUAAACUCGUGCGUAUCUGAAUGUGACAAAGCGAGUGGUGAGUGUCCAUACGGCUGUGCUGAUGGUUGGUAUGGUAACAACUGUUCUUCACCAUGUAACCCUAAAUGUAAAGAUAUGCGAUGCAACAUUGAUGGUGCCUGUGCUGAUGGUUGUCUAUCUGGAAACUUUGGUAAAGAGUGUAAACCAUGUCCACAUAACUGCAAAUACACAUGUGACCAAAAGAAUGGGUAUUGUAUCAAUGGAUGUAACUCUGGAUUGUAUGGAAACCUUUGUAAUCAUAGCUGUGAGAUAUGUCGCGAAGGUGUAUGUGACCAGGACAGUGGAUUGUGCAUCAAUGGAUGUAAUAUCAGCGAAGGUGUGUGUAAAUCGCCCUGCAAAAAUAACUGCUCGAGAGAGGAUUGCCUUCAGGAAACGUGUGAGAAUGAUCAACGCACCACACAUGGUAUCUUUGGUAUACAGAUAGGAAUACCAACAUCAUUUGCUCUGUUUGUUGUGGGCAUAGUGGCAGCCAACUGCUUCUGUUACCGAAAGGGACUGUGCACUAAAAGAAAGGCUGAAAGGAGCAGUGUGAGUCUUGAACCUAUCCCGCGGCAGCAAGCUGGCUCAUCCACUGAGUACCAGGCGGUACACAGAUACUGGGAAAUACACGAGGACAGCAUGGACAUGGAGUAUGAGACAAUGAAUGAAGAUGAAGAAGAUUCCGAUGUGAUGGCUGAUAUUCCUGUAAUUGCUGACUGCUUUAAGGAUGUCAGUGAUGAGGCCGCACCAGACGUUUAUGGGCCAAACCCUGAUUCCUACACCCAUCUAAUGCGUGACAUCCCAAUAUAUGAGCCAAACAUGGUUGUUAAAUAUAUCUCCCCAACAGAUGACUGACACUGCUGUGCGUCACAAUUUGCUGGCGAAUUUAGAUUUCACAAUUUAGUUUUUGAAAAUGAUAUAAGCAUUAUAGGCAAGUUUUGCUCAGUUGAGUUGGUCAUAAUAGAUUAUUACGUGCAUUGAUUCAAAGCCUUCAGCAAAAGAUUCCCUGAAUCCCUGUUAUGUUUUUGAUGCUAUCUGGGCGAAGUCGACUGUUCAGAAGCAUUUAUGAUGUCUUUUGUGUUUGAGCAAGCAUCACUCGUGCGAGUUUCGUGGUGGAUCCAAAGGCAAGUCAUAGGUAUAUGGCUCUGUUCAGUUACUGGGUAAGAUGAGAUGAUAACAAGAAUAUUAAAUGCAAAGAACAUUUUUGGUUCUCGGCUUGCAAGAGACCUGAGAAGGCACACUUAUCUGUUUACAUGUUACUGUUGUUUUGUACUUUCAAAAUACUGAACCUAUGACUGGCUAUGGAGAUAUGACAGCUUUAUACUUACCUGUCAAUGUCAUUAAUGGAGCAGCUCAUUUCUUAAUGUGUGUUGUUGUCAACCAGUCUCGAUUGUUCGAUGAAAAAUUGGAUGUAAAAAACAAAAUUAUUUUAAUAUAAUUUCAUACUAUAAAGUUUAUACUGUUUCUUUCAUGCUGAUUGGCUGGAGGUGUAGUCACCUGAUCUGAUAUUUAGAGAUCACACACCUGUGAACAAUAUUUUGUUCAACUGCGGGAACUUUUUUCUGGGGUUUCCCCGAAUUCUUGAUCGAUGUUUACAAUCUACUCGUUUUUCUAGUCUCUUUUUUUAUCCCUGCAUUCAUCUGCAAUAUAAAUAAUUUAGCAUUUUUGCCUGGUCUUGUAACAUUUCAUGUG